AUGACGCAAUUAUUCGGAUCCAAUUCUCCUCAACCUGCUGAGAAGAGGUCGAACGUGCCUGGACAGAGCCCGAAAUCCUCACCUUCUAACUUCUCCACGUCACAUUUCCCUCAGAGAAUAAAGAACUUCUUCCGUAUCACGAAUAGCGGGCAUAGCUCACCUAGCCACGAAACACAACAGUCGACAAGCCUCCACCCGUUUCGCCAAACGCGUCUCUUCCGUGGUCGUAGUCCCUCUUCAGCCAGCACCGGGGCAGCACUUGAGCCGGUAGACAUAUCACCAACAGCGCAUGCAAAUCCGUAUUUUGCCCACCAAGGGCCCCCAGCAAUCAGACAUCAUCACGAAAACAGUCGACCCCCUUCCCCUCCGGAAACACCUAAGGGAAAUAUCUCCAAUGCGGACGCUAAUGCAAAGAAAGAGGAACUUGCACGUAAACUUCGAAGAGUAGCCUCCGCUCCCAAUGCCCAGGGUCUGUUCAGCGGCGUACCUGGAUCGCCAAGCAGGCCAACAACUACAGAGUCUAAGAACGGACUUUUAACACCGGGGCUUCCACAAGGUUCACCUCCCACUAUUGACCCUGAAGGGGGGUCUCAAGACAAUUACAGUUUACCAGUAGCACCAUUUAAGGAUGAACAACGGUCAAACAAUGCUGCCUUUCGAAGAACGUAUAGCUCGAACUCUAUCAAGGUUAGGAAUGUUGAAGUUGGCCCACAGAGUUUCGAUAAAAUAAAACUUUUGGGUAAAGGUGAUGUGGGAAAGGUGUACCUGGUGCGAGAGAAAAAAUCCGGGAGGUUAUACGCGAUGAAAGUACUUAGCAAAAAGGAAAUGAUCAAGCGAAAUAAGAUAAAAAGAGCACUAGCAGAGCAAGAGAUUCUUGCAACUAGCAAUCACCCGUUCAUUGUAACACUAUACCAUUCUUUCCAAUCCGAUGAGCAUCUUUAUCUUUGUAUGGAAUAUUGUAGCGGUGGGGAAUUUUUCAGAGCUCUACAAACGAGACCAGGGAAAUGUAUACCAGAGGAUGACGCGAGGUUUUAUGCCGGGGAAGUGACGGCCGCGCUUGAAUAUCUACAUUUAAUGGGCUUUAUAUAUCGAGACUUGAAACCGGAAAAUAUUUUGUUACACCAGUCUGGACACAUCAUGCUUUCGGAUUUCGACCUGUCAAAGCAGUCAGACCCCGGCGGUGCCCCAACUAUGAUAAUAUCCCGAGUCGGCACAUCGUCACAUUCGAUGCCGACAAUAGAUACAAAAUCCUGCAUUGCUGAUUUUCGAACUAACUCUUUUGUUGGUACAGAAGAAUAUAUCGCGCCUGAAGUUAUCAAAGGCUGUGGUCACACUAGUGCUGUUGACUGGUGGACUUUGGGGAUCCUAAUAUAUGAAAUGCUCUACGGAACGACUCCCUUCAAGGGUAAGAAUAGGAAUGCAACAUUUGCUAAUAUACUUCGAGAAGAAGUGGGAUUCCCCGAAUCCCCAGGCUCUCCGCAAAUAUCCGGGACUUGCAAAUCUCUUAUAAGGAAACUCCUCGUCAAGGACGAGGUCAAAAGGUUGGGAUCUAGAGCGGGGGCAUCGGAUGUAAAGGCCCAUCCUUUUUUUCGGUCGACUCAGUGGGCAUUGCUUAGGCAUAUGAGGCCACCCAUGAUACCUACCGUCGGGAAGGGGGCAGACGCUGUAAAUUUUCGUCUGGUUAAGGAGAGCGAGAGUGUCGAUAUCAGUGCUUCUCGUGGUACGGGCACAGACCAGGAAGCGGCGACGCCUGGCGAGAAGGGCACUGACCCAUUCGAAGACUUUAAUUCAGUCACACUGCACCAUGAUGGCGACCACGAUCAUCACCACCAUGUAGACACGGGUUUUGAAAAGGAUAGAGGCGGUACUAAUACAUGA